AUGUCUCAGGGAAAUGGGCCCGGAAGGGAGCGGGAGACGGAGGCGGAGCGGGCGCACCGGUUCAACAAGAAGAAGUACACGAGCCGGGUGUUCACGAACGUGAACAAGUACGUCAUGGAGGACAAGUUCCGCGUGAUCCGCUGCCGCCGCUGCCUCUCCUGCGUCAUUAUAACUGACGCCGAGCUCGACAAGCUCCCGCGGAGACGCACGGACAACGCCCCGGUCCUGUGUCCGGACCAGUGGACCAUUCGCACCAACACGAGACCAGUGGACCAGCCCCACCGCCUCAAGCGCCUCAGGGGCCUCGAGACCCAGUACUACCACGCAUGCGCCGAGUGCGGCCAGCACGUCAUGUACCAGUCCGUGCCGCACAACUCCCCCCUCGGGGGCCCCCCAAACCCCAAAAAGAGACCCAACACGGGCACCCAGGGGGCCCCCAACACUACCCAGGGGGCCCCCAGCGCUGCCCCGGGGGCCGCCAACACUACCCAGGG